AUGCAUUUAUCAUUGCCUCUUUUUACAGGUUUACUAUUAAUAUUCAUUACAACACUAUCCACUCCUGAUAUAAUACCAACAAUCGAUACACCUAUCAUUACUUGUAUUAAACAAGCGCAUUGUCCAACAACUACACACUUUUGUAAUAUUAGACGACGUAUUUGUAUGCUCAAAUAUUCUGUAAACGGUACAUGUGAACGUGAUCUCGAAUGUUAUGAUGGUAAAUGUUAUGAUAAUAUAUGUCGACAAUCAUGUAAUUCUGAUGAUGACUGUUCAUUAACAAAAGAAUAUUGUACUAUAUCUAAGUAUUGUAAUACUAAAUACUGUGGUAUAUGUACACGAGAUGCACAAUGUGCUAAUAAUCGUUGUAAACUUUUUCAUUGUACAUCAAUUGAUUGUACUACAGUAUUAGACACUCUUUUUAAACAAUCAUAA